ACACUGUUUUUUUUUUCUUCUUCGGGACAGGAGACAUGAGGUUCAGAGACACCUGUCAGGAGGAUUGCACAUCCAGGAGCUGUAUGUGAGGCAACUGGAUACUGGUGGUUUGGCCAUGGACGCGCUCUUCUCGCUUUUAUAGUCUCCUUGUACAAGGAGCGUAAAGUUGUCCUGCUGCUUUCUUGUUUUUCUUUGUCUUUAUCUGGUUCUCCAAGCCGCAUGAGUUCGCAGCUGUUUUUAGGUCAGCUAGUCGGGGUUCCGUUGGAAAUAAUGCACCCCACCAUGGAGAAAGAUACGACCUACACCAAGAUCUUUGUCGGCGGGCUGCCUUAUCACACCAACGACGCUUCACUUCGGAAAUAUUUCGAGAGUUUCGGGGACAUCGACGAGGCGGUGGUGAUCACUGACAAACAGACGGGCAAGUCCAGAGGAUACGGCUUUGUGACCAUGGUGGACAGGGGGGCAGCAGAGCGGGCGUGCAAAGACGCAAACCCAAUAAUUGACGGCAGGAAGGCCAACGUGAACCUGGCGUACCUUGGAGCAAAGCCUCGCAGCUCACAGACGAGUCUCUCUGUUGGAGUUCAGCAAGUCCACCCUACGUGGGCUCAGAGGCAAUACGGGUUUGCCCAGCAUUAUGUCUACCCCCAGACUUUCCUCCAGCCCAGCCUGGUCCUUCAGUCCCAGCUCAGCCCCACAGCAGCAGCACUCGCCUCCCCCUACCUGGACUACAGCUCUGCAUACAGCCACUAUGCCCCCACAGGACUGGAGCAGUACCCUUACACCUCUUCACCGUCGCCCUCGGGUGCCUACCUCAGCUACAGCUUUUCCCCGGGCAGUACUGCGCCCGCUCUCACCACAUCUCCAACCCCCCCAGCUGCCAUCCACCCUCCUCUAGCUGCACUCGCCACUAUGUCUGCCGCUCCGCAGGCCUUUCUUCAUUACCCACUGCACCAGCCUGACCGCAUGCAGUGAGCUGCCCUGCGUGGAGCUGGAGCUGCCAAACUGAUGAUUCAAAACAAUGUGACUCUUGGCCUGUGACUGGAUAGCCAAGAAGAGAGUUUGUUAAAUCAAAAGGGCUUUUAGAGAGUACUUUUAUUCCUGUUUUUAUAUAUAUUAUUGUUUUAAUAGUUAAUGAAAAUGUUCUACUGCUACAGUCAUCAGCAUAAAUCUGAAUGUUUUUCAAAAAUGUCAGAAGUAGGGGACCAGUAUGAGACAAUAAUCUACUGGACAUUUUGCCCUAUACGCCUGAACUUUAGUGCUGAGGCUGGAAACAGCUGGAGAGCGGCUCGGUAAAAACAAUAAGAAAUAUGCCUGACAUGAUGCUGCAGCUGCAGGUUCUCCAAAGGUACUGGACUGAAUGCUGGAUAUUAGCCAAGCGGAGAGCUAGUUUGUCUGUCAGAAACACUGGUCCAAUAACCUUCUUCUUUAGGUUACAUUUCUGUCUAUGGCCUUAGAGAUCUCUCACUCCCUCUGUACCAUGUUCAGUUCAUCAUUUGUAUUCAGUCUCUCAUCUUGAAAUGGGUAACAUUUUCUUUACACCCCCCUAUUUUCCUUCUAUCUCCUGGCAAGCCAUUGCACAGUGAUAAUCAAAGUUUAGAUUAAUAUGCAAUUUAAAUGAUAAAGGUCGACCCUUAAUAAGGUAGAAUACACUGCUAUGUUGUUUCUUUGUUAUACUUCGGCUUGAACAACACUCAGAAAAUUAAAACACAAUAGCCCUAAUGAGGCUUAUUUGACAGGUUACUCUUGGAUUUGGUAUAGGGGAAAGUUUGGUUUUGUGAAAAUAUAAUUGCAAACUUACAUAUCAGGUUAGUGUAUUUGUAGGUGUUAAGAUGUUAGUUGUCACUGAAAAUGUGUGAGAGUAUCUGGUGUCUGUGGUUGAGUGAGUGAGAGAGAGACAUAGAGCAAUGCAGUGUCAGGACCGAGCUCCUUUUCCAGUCCAUUGUACUGGUCAGUGUGGUUUCUUUGUUGUCCAAGCCUCAGAAUACAGACGGAUGCUUUAAUGAUGACAAGAGGUUCACAGUGCUUUGGCAUAACUUUAGUCAUCAUAAACCAAUGCCACAAAUGACAUUUAGAAGAAAUAUGCAAAAUAAAAGGAAUAUUUCUAAGUAAGGCA